CUUUUCCAGUCUCAAUUACAUUAUUUUCUUUGUGUCACGAACGUUGUCUUUUAACUUUUUUAUCUUUUACUAUCUGCAUUUACUUUCUUUACUUUCUUUUUUCUUUUACCAAUUAAAUAUAAUGUCAGCUAUUUUCUACCGCACUGCUCGCUGUGUCCCCGCAAUGCUCGCCCGCAGAAUGUACGCCACCAAGCCUGAUGUCUCGUUCCAGGAGCUCAAGCAGAUCAUACAUGGCGUUGGAUCCAUCCCCUAUAAGCUCAUCGAUGUGCGCGAGCCUCACGAGGUGGCCCAGGGCAAGGUGCCCUCUGCCACCAAUAUUCCUCUGGGCGAAGUAGCAGCCGCGUUCUCUCUUCCCGCAGAUGAGUUCAAAGCCAAGUACAGAAUUGAAAAGCCCAUGCCCAACGAAGUGACCAUCUUCUACUGCCGUUCGGGGAAGCGCAGCCAAGACGCUAUUAACCAGGUCGAGAAGGUCAGCCCUGACCUUGUCAUUCGCAACUACCGCGGCUCCUGGCUGAACUAUUCGGAGAACGCACUUGACAACAAGCCACUCAAGUAAACUCAAAUGUAGCAUUUUUCUUCCUCUUUAUUCCCUCAAACUCAUCGAAUAACCAACUCAAGGCAAUAAACGGGUUUUCUUUGUCGCAUGUGCGUCUCGCUAGACGAUGAAACAUGGGCACAAAGGAACUGAUCGAUUUGCAUGCGCAUGCGCAAUGGAAGCCCACGAUGGUGCAAUUCAUGCUCAAUAUUAUUAAAUAAUCACGUGAGGUGUUGGUUGCUGAUCCGAUCCGAUUUGAACCGUAUUUGAUUUUGAUUUCGAUUUUGAUUUUGAUUUCGCAUAAACAGGUAGGUAAUGAAAUCAAGACGCGAAUAGCACGCGUCAAAAAGGAA